UGGAGGGUUUUGGCGGGACUUCCGAAAGCCGCCCUGCAGGACCAGCUGUGUUGGCCGGCUCUUGAGGGGAGCUGAAACCUUCCGCUAGUCACGGGUUUGGAUUUGAAACUCGCCGAGGUUGUGCGCAGGGGGCCGGAGCAAGGCGUAGACAAGCGGGUCUCGGGUCGGGGCCGAGGCCCUCCGUGGGUCGAGCACGCGCCGGAUCAGCGGACAGAAGCCCGAACGAGCGACGCUGUAGGCCCAGUGAUGGCUAUGCAGAUGCAGCUUGAAGCAAAUGCGGAUACUUCGGUAGAAGAAGAAAGCUUUGGCCCACAGCCUGUUUCACGGUUAGAGCAAUGUGGCAUAAAUGCCAAUGAUGUAAAGAAAUUGGAAGAAGCUGGAUUUCAUACUGUGGAAGCUGUUGCCUAUGCACCAAAGAAGGAGUUAAUAAACAUUAAAGGAAUUAGUGAAGCAAAAGCUGAUAAAAUUCUGACUGAGGCAGCUAAAUUGGUUCCAAUGGGUUUUACCACUGCAACUGAAUUCCACCAAAGACGAUCAGAGAUCAUACAGAUUACUACUGGCUCCAAAGAGCUUGACAAACUACUUCAAGGUGGAAUUGAGACUGGAUCUAUCACUGAGAUGUUUGGAGAAUUUCGAACCGGGAAGACCCAAAUCUGUCAUACACUGGCUGUAACAUGCCAGCUUCCCAUUGACCGGGGUGGAGGUGAAGGAAAGGCCAUGUACAUUGAUACUGAGGGUACCUUUAGGCCAGAACGACUAUUAGCAGUGGCUGAGAGGUACGGCCUCUCUGGCAGUGAUGUUCUGGAUAACGUAGCCUAUGCUCGGGGCUUCAACACAGACCACCAGACCCAGCUCCUGUAUCAAGCGUCAGCCAUGAUGGUAGAGUCCAGGUAUGCGCUGCUUAUCGUAGACAGUGCCACCGCCCUCUACAGAACAGACUACUCGGGUCGAGGUGAGCUCUCAGCCAGGCAGAUGCACCUGGCCAGGUUUCUACGGAUGCUUCUGCGACUUGCUGAUGAGUUUGGUGUAGCAGUGGUCAUCACCAACCAGGUGGUAGCCCAAGUGGAUGGAGCAGCCAUGUUUGCUGCAGAUCCUAAAAAGCCUAUUGGAGGAAAUAUCAUAGCCCAUGCAUCGACAACCAGACUGUACCUGAGGAAAGGAAGAGGGGAAACCAGAAUCUGCAAAAUCUACGACUCUCCUUGUCUUCCUGAAGCGGAGGCCAUGUUUGCCAUCAAUGCAGAUGGAGUGGGGGAUGCCAAAGAAUGAACAUUGGUUUUUUUCUGGUUAAGUGCUACAGCCUAAUGAGGACUGCUCCUUGGGGGAUUCUUCACAGCUGUCUUCCUGUUGUGACUGCCAGGAAAAGACUUCUGGAAAAACACCUAUUGUAUUAGCUGAUGGUGGAGACAGGUCAGUGUCACAAACUGAUCUGACAUGUUUAUUCCUUAUAUACUAUAUUAAUUUCUUUGGUUUUUGGCAGAGAGGUAUGAAAUACCUUUGACACAGUGCCUUGGGAUUGACUCGGGUGGAACAGUUUAUUGGACAAUUAUAGGUCUCUAAGAGAACUAAAGCUGGGAGACUUAACUCUCUUCUGAGAAAUGGUAAUAAAGCAUAAUGCCUGAACUGUGCAGCAAAGGGGAUGAGUCUCUUAGGAACUCUCCCAAUCAGAAACAGAUUUUAAAUUCAUGCCUAAAUUCUAUCAUAGGAACUUGGUAAAAGGCCAGCAGGCCAUCUUCUUGCUUGGUCUUUCACUGUGAAUUAAGCAUUUUAGUGGCAGACUAAGUAGAUUCAGUGUGAAACUGCUAACACAGUAGUUGUUUGUAGUAAAUGUGCUGUCUAGAGUCAGUCUUGUGCAAGGUAAAUAUUUCAAGAUAGAGUUUCCAUAGUAUCCCUUCUGGCACUGGGUGGGGGUAAUUGGGUUAUGUUGCGUUCAAAGGAGAUCCUACAUUUACAUGAUUUAAUCAGCCUAAUGGGAGACAUAUGCUGUGGCCUUUGUUUUAUUUCAUAAAUCUCAUGUUGUGAAUGUCUGCUACUGACCCAUAUUAUUGUGCUUCAGGGAUUUGAGAUACUUUUCUUCUUACCUUCAGACUUCUUAAGUUGACUUUAAGAGUCAGGGACUGAAAUAAAAGUUGCUUUGUCAAUGUCCCAGGAACUUAAAUUAACUAAGUUUACAGUAUACUAUUUUCCUUAUGUCAGGGUUUACUGCCUUCACUAGUUAGGACUUCUGAUCCAGAUCUCACCCAAAAUGUUCCUUAGCUAUUUCUGGGUUUUAAAGCCUCAGAAUUGAGUAUCUCAGAUAACAAGGCCACAGUGAAAGGCUGGUUCUUACAAAGCCAUCUCAGUCCUAAAUUAAUUUUUUCUUCUAUGUAUAGACUUUGUACUGUAAGGCCUAGGAAUGAACGGGAGAGGAGUAGGGAACACCUGAUUAGUCACAGUAGGCCUUGUUUAAGCUGAAUUUUCUCCAGUGACCUAAAGAGCUGAUAAAUGAGAAAGGAAAACAAUCA